GAAAUUCCACAGAAUAUUAAUUAUUCACAUCCACACUCUGGUAAUCAUCACCAAAAAGCAAACUGGAGAGCAUCAGCCAGGAUCAGAGUGUACCAACAAAUGCUGUUGUGUUUUUUGAGCUGGCUCACUGAUUCAAACACUUAGGUCAAUUAUAACCAGUUUAGGCUAUUAGUAGUAGCAUUAAGGAAAGACUUCCAUAUUUUGUUUGUGAGCUGCCUGUCCUUUCUCACCCUGUCCUCCCUCCCAGCUAAAUUAUGUUAUGUGGCUAAAUGAAAUGUGAGGAACAGCAGAACAGAUCACAGCUUAGAUAUUUCCAAAGUCUUGAGGACAGCUGACCAUUAUUCACUUGCAACACACAAUGAACAGAGAUGAAAGUUAAAUGUGAGCCUUUUCUACCCAGAAGAUAUCAAUCUUGUAUGUAUACACAGAGGAAAUAGCAACUGCACUUCACACAAGCUGAGAAUUUGGUUCCCUGGACAAAACCAACCAACCUACGGUUACAAACAUCUCUUCAGCUUCUUGGGGCUCUGUCUCUGGAGUAGUGGCACUGAAGUAAUAAAACACUCACGUAUAGCUGCCCACACUGAACACAAGAUUUGAGUGGGUGAAGCUGCCAGGCUCUGACACCAGUCAUACCACUUGGAAAGACAUGGACAGACAUGGAGAGACCACCUAGGAUGGGCUGAACAUCUCUCCCACCACUUGUCUCUUUAUUCUUUGCCAGUAUCUCAAGAUACCAUUUCUCAAUAGAAACCUGAGGUUCGUAUCAAAGCUUCCAUUUAAACUGGGUUGCACAAAAUGCCUCCAAAACUGCCUCAGCUUUAUUUUAAGUCAACAACAGCUUCAAUUCUUUGUUUUACUCUUUAUUUUUUAUUUAUUUUUCUAAAACCUACUGAAAGAGGCUCUGAAAUCUUCUCUGUCACACUUCUGUCCCUUCAGGUUCCAAGGGAAAAAGCAGGUUUUCCCUAAUGGUUAACAUGAAAGAAAUAUUAAGCUGGUUGGUCUUUUGGGAUUUCUUGAGGGUAUUUUCUUAAAAAAAAUCAAAAUUGUCUUUUCAGCUUUUUUCCUGAAAGUUGGAAGCAAUUCAUUGAUCUUUAAGAAUCAGGAAAAAAAAUUAGAAAGACUCUAUCUGUCAUUCUGAAAUUUUUUAGGGAAAAAAAGAUAUCAAAAUCUGUUUCUGUUUUAGCAAGAAUCAAUUUUGCUGUUCAUGCAUAAAACUAUGAUGAAAUACAUUAUACCAUAUUGCCAUCAUGAAAUAUGGAUACUACUUUGUUAAACUCUUCAGCACACACAUGAGACUGAUGAAAUUAUUCCAGAGGAAGACACCACUGAAGAUGUUUUGUCUCACUAUUAUGAAGUUGACUCAGCAUUAUUCAACUGAUGAUUUGUUAUUUUGCACAUUAUUUCAAGCCCCAGUCUUGCACAAGGACCCUCCUAUGCCAGGUCAUGGAACAUGGAACAAAGAGGCACCUUCUGCUUCCAAGAGCUCCUAGUCCUUGCAGAGGACUGGAGAGGCAGAUGGAGACAGAUGAAGGGUAAAAUUAAAGGAACCAGUCAGGACAUGCUGCCAGACUUUGAGUAACCUUUAUAGCCAGGGAGAGAUUUAACUGUGACUGUGUUUCCAUGAUAUUCAUACAAAAAAAAAGCUCCCAAAGAUUUGAAGCAUAGCAUGCCCAUUCCUGACUAUUAUUCCAAGUGAGAUCAGAUGUGGGAAAAAGAGAAUACUGAAAUAGAAAGAGGCUGUGAGUGGUGCAAGGCCCCCAGGGAUCCUUGUGAGAAGCUCCACAGCAGUUUGUAUGUGGGGAGAGGGUCAAUAUUUAAGCUAUCUGCCAAAAGGCUGGAGAAGCCCUAAGCUGCAUCAGACUUUUCUAGGAUGAAGCAGUGGGAAGUCAAAAUAUAUCGAGACCAGACUUUUUACUUUUACCUUGCUCACCAGAUGUAUUUUGGAAAAUGAUUACUGCUAGGAAGAGUUUUUCUCCAGCCUCAUUUGAAGUGGGGGAAGUGGGUGACUAGAAUUACAAGUUUCUACACAAACACUGAGUUUCCCAGGAUUUUCUUUCCUAGGGGCGCUGUGCACAGUCUCCUCCACUGGGACCUUUGCACUUCCAAACCCCUACGAGCCACACCUUCACCUUCCAAAGCCCUGAGUGCCACCAAGUGCUCACUCCGGGUCCGAGGAGUGUCUGGCAGCGGCUGCCCUCACCCCGGACUGUGCCUGCCUUUCCCAUCUCUGCUCUUCUACAUCUUCCCUCUUUGCAGUCUCCGUCCUGUCCACCUCUUCCCUUUGCAUUCCUCCUCUUUGCAACUCUGCCUUUGCAUCCCUCCCUUUUGUAUCCCUCCCUUUUCACCUCCCCCUUUGCACCUCUCUCACUUACAUCCCUCCCCUUUGCCUCUCUGCCCCGUUCGCAUUUCUGCCUUUCCCCGUCCCUCCCCUUUGCAUCUCCUCUCCUCACAUCUCUGUCCCCGUACACCCCCUGCCCCUCCACCCUCUGCACUUUCGCCCCUUCGCACCCCUGCCCGCUCGGCUCUCAGCCCUCCGGGCAUCUGCCCCUGGCGCCCUCCGCUCCUCCUCCGGCCCCUGUGCACCCGCAGCCCCCCGCAUCUCCGCCUGGCUGCCUCCCCGCGCUCUCGCCCGGCCCCGGUGCCCCGCAGCCCCCGGGGCAGCCCGCAGCGCCUCCGGGCCGUGCUGCCCCCGCUCCGACCCCGCCGAGCCCCGGGCAGCUCCCGCCCGCCCGGCCCGGAGCUGCCCGCGAUGCCGCUGCCGCUGCCGCUGCCGGUGCCGGUGCCGGUGCCGGUGCUGGUGCUGGGGCUGGUGCUGGUGCUGGGGGGCCGGGCGGGCGCCGGGGGCGGCUGCCAGCUGCCCGCAGAGUGGCGGCCGCUCAGCGAGGGCUGCCGGGCCGAGCUGGCCGCGAUCAUCGUGUACGCGCGGGUGCUGGCGCUGCACCCCGACCCCUACGGCGCCUACAACUACCUGCCCUGGCAGAGGGGCCCCCCCGGCGGCCCCCAGCAGGCAGCGGGGGACCUCUUCUACUCGGCCGAGAUCGAGCUGCUGUGCGACCAGGCGUGGGGCAGCAUGCUGGAGGUGCCCGCCGGCUCCCGCCUCAACCUCACCGGCCUCGGCUACUUCUCCUGCCACUCGCACACCGUCAUGCAGGGCUACUCUUAUUUCUUCUUCCUCCGGAUGGAUGAGAACUACAUCCUCCUGCCACAUGGAGUCAACUUCCAGGAGGCGAUUUUCCCCGACACCCAGGAGAACAGAAGGAUGUUUGCCAGCCUUUUCCAGUUUUCAAACUGCUCGCAGGCACAGCACGUGUUGAGCUUCUCCAGUGACUGGGAGAUUCAAGAGGACAACCGGCUCAUGUGCUCCUCGGUGCAGAAGGCCCUGUUUGAGGAGGAGGACAGAGUGAAGAAGCUGCAGCAGAAAGUGGCGACGCUGGAGAAGCGCAACAAGCAGCUGCGAGAUCGAGUGAAGAAGGUCAAGAGGUCUCUCCGGCAAGCCAGGAAAAACUCCAGGCACAUGGAGCUGGUGAACCGAAAGCUCAGUGAGAAACUUUCCUCUGCAGGUGGCCAGAUCCCCUAUAUUAACUCUUUAAAGCAGGAGAACUCCCACGGUACCUACCUUAAAGUAUAAUGCAAGGGUAAGUGCUCAGGCCAAUGGCAGUGGUGGAUUUUGUCUGCAUUAGAUCAGGGUCUGGCCCUCCCACCUUGUCUACACUGUGCUUCAAACCUUGCAUGGAAAAUUAAUCUGAAUUUGUUCUAGACACAGUGCCAGUUUAAACAGGAAUGCCAGCUGGAUUUGGCACAGCCCAAAGCCAUGUCCUCGCUGUUCUCAGUGGACACUGGGCCAGACAGUCACCUGUGCCUCUCCUCCCUCACCCACUUCCACCACCUCCAGGCUGUGUUUGAUGGAAGUGCCAGCCCAGCCCUCUGGGCCAUUGCAGGCACUUGGCACAGGAGCUCUUCCUGCCAGUUUACCUCCUCCUCAUGGGCUGGGCAAGCACGGCUUGGGAUCUAGAGAUGGAUGUGGUGGAUGUGUUCACUCCCUUAUCUCCCCCAGGCUCUCAGCCUUGCUUGAGCUUGACUGAGGUCUGCAUCCAGUGUCUGGGCAUAGGCUGUGUCCAAGACUCAGGCAGUUUGUGCCUCUCUUCAGCACAAAAUAUAGAUGUGCCCAAAUUGUCUUAAGACUGUUCCUAUGUAUCCUUAAAUAUUCUAAAUCAAAUAUAUAACAAGUUUUAUUUUUCCAAGAAGUGCCUCCAGGCUCUCAGUAACUCCCCCAGGUGCCUUUAUCACUGGUCAGCCAGCUGGGUUGGAAUCCACAUCAUUUUGGGACUGUGUCUAAGACCUAAUCCUGCAGUCAGGAGUGGACUUAGCCUAUGAGUUGGAUCAGGCCCAGCAGGGAUUCCAAUUUCAGAUCCCAUUCUCAAGCAGGUUGAAGUUGCAGUGUGGAUGAAGCUUCAAGUUUUGUAGUCACUGAAGUAUAAUGGAGGUUGCUGGGCAGCCUCACUUAGUUACACUUAAAACCUGUAGAGACCACAUCAAUAUCAACAGGGCAUUAAAAAUUUAGGUAGUUUAUAUAUGUAUAUAUUUUAAAAUCCUAUAGAAAAUAUUUUUAUUACACAUUUGAUAUAGUUUAAUUUCUUAAAAUAUGAAGUAAAACCUGUUUCUUGGUUAUCUCACAAAAAAAGAGAAAAGCCCAUCAUAUCCUUUAUUAGGCAUUUACAAACUGACUUCUGCUCAAGCAGUGUGGGUUUAGGCAUCAGUAUCCAUGGCUGAUAAUGCUUGAAACAAUCCCUGCACUUGGAAAAGCCCAUAUCAGCUUUCAAAUGUGAGCUUCAGUCCAAGCAGAACACAGAAACUGACUCUCAUUACCUUCCAGUUUUGCUCCUUUUGGAAAUACUUUUUUUUCCCCUCUUGAAAUAAUAUUUGCAUUUCUUAAGAUUCUGACUCCUUCACAAGCUCCACUGGUUUCAAAGGCUCCACCUCUCACAUCACCACAGUUUGAAUUGUUUUCUGCUGGAGUCAGCAAUGCUGUUUCCUGAGAAUUGACACAGAAUUUAGGCUUCUCUAGAAGCCAUCAAGAGAUUUUUACUACAAAAUUUAAAUCCAUAGAAGAGUAACUACUUUUUGUUGUUGUAUUUUCUGGUUUCUAAACUACUGUUUAAAUAAAUGAACUGUUUUUCCUGGGACAGGUAUUAAAAGCUUGUGUUUCAAUUUCUUGUAAAGAAAAAUAUUCCCUCUGGUAUUCAUUCAUGUUUUAUAAGUGUUUGUAUAAAGCUGAGAAAGUAUAACUAAUAUACUUACACCUUUGCUAUUCUUACAGAUUUUCCAAACACAGUGUUGAAUAUAUUUUCUUUUGGCUGGUAUUUUUGUUGCUUGAUGAAAAAAGUGGAAUUUUCUUCCUGUUUGCCCCUUUGUCUUCCUCAAAAGAAAAAAAUAAGUAAAACAUUUUGUUCUCC